AGCAGCUGCAUCCUGCAUUUCCCUGAAGCAUUACAUGAUUUCCACUCCUUGCAAACUUUAGAGAGUCGGAAAUCAAAAUGCAGUGCAAGGGCACAGUGACAUACAUCAGAUUUCUCUUGUUGUUUCUUCUGCUUUUCAUGCUUAUUGGGAAGUCACACACUGAGGAUGAUACCAUAAUUACAACGGAGAAUGGAAAGGUCAGAGGGAUGAACCUGCCAGUUCUCGGUGGCACGGUAACAGCCUUUCUUGGAAUUCCCUAUGCACAACCACCUCUUGGUAGACUUCGAUUCAAAAAGCCACAAUCCCUGACCAAGUGGUCUGAUAUUUGGAAUGCCACAAAAUAUGCAAAUUCUUGCUAUCAGAACACAGAUCAAAGUUUUCCAGGCUUUCAAGGAUCCGAGAUGUGGAACCCAAAUACUGACCUCAGUGAAGACUGUUUAUAUCUGAAUGUGUGGAUUCCAGCACCUAAACCAAAAAAUGCCACAGUGAUGAUAUGGAUCUAUGGUGGUGGUUUUCAAACUGGAACAUCAUCUUUACAUGUUUAUGAUGGCAAGUUUCUGGCUCGAGUUGAAAGAGUUAUUGUAGUUUCAAUGAACUAUAGGGUGGGUGCCCUAGGAUUCUUAGCUUUACCAGGAAAUCCUGAGGCACCAGGGAAUAUGGGUUUAUUUGAUCAACAGUUGGCACUUCAGUGGGUCCAAAAAAAUAUAGCAGCCUUUGGUGGAAACCCUAAAAGUGUAACUCUCUUUGGAGAAAGUGCAGGAGCAGCUUCAGUCAGCCUUCAUUUGCUUUGUCCUAGAAGCCACCCGUUGUUCACCCGAGCCAUUCUGCAGAGUGGAUCUUCUAAUGUUCCUUGGGCAGUAAUGUCUCCUUAUGAAGCUAAGAACAGAACACUGGCUUUAUCUAAGUUUAUUGGUUGCUCUAGAGAGAAUGAGACUGAAAUAAUCAAGUGCCUUCGAAAUAAAAAUCCCCAAGAAAUUCUUCUGAAUGAGGUGUUUGUUGUCCCCUAUGGUACUCUUUUGUCAGUAAACUUUGGUCCAACUGUGGAUGGUGAUUUUCUCAUUGACAUGCCGGACACGUUACUCCAACUUGGACAAUUCAAAAAAACCCAGAUCUUGGUGGGUGUUAAUAAAGAUGAAGGUACAGCUUUUUUAGUGUACGGUGCUCCUGGUUUCAGCAAAGAUAACAACAGUAUCAUAAGCAGAAAAGAAUUUCAAGAAGGUUUAAAAAUAUUUUUUCCAGGAGUGAGUGAAUUUGGGAGGGAAUCGAUCCUUUUCCAUUAUGCAGACUGGUUAGAUGAUCAAAGACCUGAAAACUACCGUGAGGCCUUGGAUGAUGUGGUUGGGGAUUACAAUAUCAUAUGCCCUGCCUUGGAGUUCACCAAGAAGUUCUCAGAAGUGGGAAAUACUGCCUUUUUCUACUAUUUUGAACACCGAUCCUCUAAACUUCCUUGGCCAGAAUGGAUGGGAGUAAUGCAUGGCUAUGAAAUUGAAUUUGUCUUUGGUUUACCUCUGGAAAGAAGAGUUAAUUAUACAAAAGCUGAGGAAAUUUUGAGUAGAUUCAUAAUGAAACGCUGGGCAAAUUUUGCAAAAUAUGGAAAUCCGAAUGGGAUCCAGACCAAUAGCACAAGAUGGCCAGUCUUCAAAAGCACUGAACAAAAGUAUCUAACCCUGAAUACUGAGUCACCAAGAAUAUACACUAAACUACGAGCUCAACAGUGUCGAUUCUGGACACUAUUUUUUCCCAAAGUCUUGGAAAUGACAGGAAAUAUCGAUGAAGCAGAACAAGACUGGAAAGCAGGAUUCCAUCGCUGGAGCAAUUACAUGAUGGACUGGAAAAAUCAAUUUAACGAUUACACCAGCAAGAAGGAACACUGUGCGGGUCUCUAAUUAAUAGAUUUACCCUUUACAGAAUGUUCGUUUUCCUGUAGACCAAGGCAAAAAUAUCAGUAGCUCUCUUACACACCUACUAAGAAAGCUAUUAUAUCACUGAAACAAAAAUGCCAGAAGGAUAAUAUCGAUUCCUCAUAUCUUGCACUUAGUAUUUUACUUAGCAUUUCAAAGUCCAAAUGCCUGGAACACGUUUAAUUAAAUUUCACAAAAUAAAGUUUUACAA